AUGUAUGUGUGUCUAGCUGCUUGUCAUUUAAGAGGGUUUUUGAAAGGGCAACUAUUGGCAGCGGUUGGAAUUGAUGGGAAUGACGGGAUGUACCCAAUAGCAUUUGCUGUUUGUGAGGGCGAGAACAAAGACACUUGGUCAUGGUUUUUGGAGUUGUUGUUAGCUGAUAUUGGUCCUGUGAGGGAACGUGGCUGGACCUUUAUUUCUGAUCAACAGAAGGGCUUACUUCUUGCUCUUGCAAAAGUUGCUCCCGAAGCACAUACAAGGUUCUGUGUUAGGCAUCUAUAUGCAAACUUCAAGAAAGAGCACAAGGGCAAACUAUUGAAGGAUUUAAUGUGGGCAGCAGCAAGAGAGAUCACCAAACUUGGGUUUGAGGCAAAGAUGGAGAUGAUGAGAAAGGUAGAUGUUAAUGCUUAUGGGCAUUUGAUGGGCAUUGACUGUGCACAUUGGAGUAGACAUGCUUUUAGUUCAUGGCCUAAGUGUGACAUGCUGUUGAACAAUCUUUGUGAGUCAUUUAACUCUAAGAUUGUUGAUGCUAGGGAUAAGUCCAUAUUAACUAUGUGUCAGAUGAUUAGGAGGUAUCUUAUGAAAAGGAUCCCAAGAAAUAGGGAUACAAUGUUGAAGAAGUCUGGCCCAAUUUGUCCUAAAAUUCAAGAUAAAUUAGAAGUUAACAAGGAAGCAACUAGGGAUUGCACAUCUACGUGGUCUGGUGGAUCGAAGUUUGAAGUGCAUUGUAAGGGAAAACAAUUUGUAGUUGAUUUGGAGAAGCAUACUUGUGCUUGCUAUAGAUGGGAUAUAACCGGCAUCCCUUGCAUGCAUGCGGUUUCAGUAAUUGCUUACAAAAAAGAAAUGACAGAAAGCUAUGUGCAUAGUUAUUACAAGGUUAAGACUUACCUUAGAACAUACUCACACCUUAUCCAGCCUACCAAUGGUGAGGACUUUUGGCCAAAUGCAGUAGGUGAUAAGAUUUUGCCUCCAAAGAUGCUAGUACAACCUGGAAGACUAAAGGAGAACAAGAGGAAGAAAGCUGCUGACGAGGCACCAAGGAUUUCACAUAAUUUGAAGAAAUCAUCUGCCGCACAAAAAAAUGGCAAUUGUGGACAAUUGGGUCACAACAAAAGAGGAUGCAAAUUACCCCCCAAAUCUAAUGAUGCUAGUGAGGGCCAGACUAAGCAAAGACAAGGAGCAACAACGAAUACAAGGAGCCAAAACCAUGUUAGGAGAGCUGGAGGUGAUCAUGUGUUUAUGGGCUUAAGAGUGGAAGAGGAUCAUCACCCACCAAGUGUUGUUGGAAGCCAAUCUACUAUAGUCUCAACCCAAACAAGUGUUUCUAGAAGCAGUGCAGUUGGUAGAUAUGGAAAAGGAGCUGGAGCUAGAAAAGGAGUUGGAAGUGGAUCAGGAGUUGGUAGUUUGUAG